AUGGUGGCCUUCUGGGCAAUUGGCAGCCUCAGCCGCUUCACUGCCUUCAGGAUCCUCCGGUCCCGAGGUUAUAUUUGCCAAAACUUUACAGGAUCUUCUGCUUUACUGGCCAAAACCCACAUUAAUUAUGGAGUUAAAGGGGAUGUGGCAGUUAUUCGAAUUAACUCACCCAAUUCAAAGGUAAAUACACUGAGCAAAGAAGUGCAUUCAGAGUUCAUAGAAGUAAUUGAAAUCUGGGCUACUGAUCAAAUCAGAAGUGCCACCCUCAUCUCAUCAAAGCCAGGCUGCUUUAUUGCAGGUGCUGAUAUCAACAUGUUAACUGCUUGCAAGACCUCUCAAGAAGUAACACAGAUAUCGCAGGAAGCGCAGAGAACAUUUGAGAAAUUGGAAAAGUCCACAAAGCCUGUCGUGGCUGCCAUCAGUGGAUCCUACUUGCGAGGAGGACUUGAGCUUGCUAUUUCAUGCCAGUACAGAAUAGCAAUAAAAGAUAGAAAAACAGUAUUAGGAGCCCCUGAAGUGUUGCUGGGGAUCUUACCAGGAGCAAGAGGCACACAAAGGCUGCCCAAAAUGGUGGGUGUGCCUGCUGCUUUUGACAUUAUGCUGACUGGUAGAAACAUUCGUGCAGACAGAGCAAAGAAAAUGGGACUGGUUGACCAGUUGGUGGAACCCCUUGGACCAGGAUUAAAACCUCCAGAGGAACGAACAAUUUAAUACCUAGAAGAAGUUUCAGUUACUUUUGCCAAAGGACUAGCUGAUAAGACGAUCUCUCCAAAGUGAGACAAGGGAUUGGUGGAAAAAUUGACUGUGUACGCCAUGACUAUUCUAUUUGUCAGGCAACAGAUUUACAAAAAAGUGGAAGAAAAAAUGCGAAAGCAGACCAAAGGCCUCUAUCCUGCACCUCUGAAAAUAAUUGAUGUAGUAAAGACUGGAAUUGAACAAGGAAAUGAUGUUGGUUAUCUCUCUGAAUCUCAGAAAUUUGGAGAGCUUGCUAUGACCAAAGAAUCAAAGGCCUUGAUGGGACUUUACCAUGGUCAGGUUCUAUGCAAGAAGAAUAAAUUUGGAGUUCCACAGAAGGAUGUGGAGCAUCUGGCUAUUCUUGGUGCUGGGCUCAUGGGAGCUGGCAUUGCCCAGGUUUCCGUGGAUAAGGAACUAAAAACUGUACUUAAAGAUGCCACACUCACCAGGCUAGACCGGGGACAGCAGCAGGUGUUCAAAGAGUUGAAUGAUAAAGUGAAGAAGAAACCUCUAACAUCAUUCGAAAGGGAUGCCAUCUUUAGCAACCUGACUGGGCAGCUCAAUUACCAAGGUUUUGAAAAGGCUGACAUGGUGAUUGAAGUUGUUUUUGAGGACCUUAGUCUCAAACACAAAGUGCUAAAGGAAGUAGAAGCGGUGAUUCCAGAGCAUUGUAUCUUUGCCAGUAACACAUCUGCUCUGCCUAUCCAUGAAAUUGCUUCUGUCAGCAAAAGACCUGAGAAGGUGAUUGGCAUGCACUACUUCUCUCCUGUGGACAAGAUGCAGCUGCUGGAGAUUAUCACAAUGGAGAAAACAUCCAAGGACACAACUACUUCAGCUGUAGCAGUCGGUCUCAAGCAGGGGAAGGUCAUCACUGUGGUUAAGGAUGGGCCUGGCUUCUACACAACCAGGUGUCUUGCAUCCAUGAUGUCCGAAGUCAUCCGAAUACUCCAGGAAGGAGUUGACCCCAAGAAGCUGGAUUCCUUGACAACAAGCUUCGGCUUUCCUGUGGGAGCUGCCACACUGGUGGAUGAAGUUGGUGUGGAUGUAGCAAAACAUGUGGCAGAAGAUCUAGGCAAAGUCUUUGGGGAGCAGUUUGGAGGUGGAAGCCUAGAACUGCUGACACAGAUGGUGUCCGAGGGCUUCCUGGGUUGUAAGUCUGGGAAGGGCUUUUACAUCUACCAGGAGAGUGUAAAGGAUAAGAACUUGAAUUCUGACAUGGACAGCAUUUUGGCAAGUCUGAAGGUGCCUCCUAAGUCUGAAGUCUCCUCUGAUGAAGACAUCCAGUACCGCCUGUUGACAAGAUUUGUGAAUGAGGAAGUCGUGUGCCUGCAGGAAGGGAUCUUGGCCACACCUGCAGAGGGAGAUAUUGGAGCAGUCUUUGGGCUCGGCUUCCCACCUUGUCUUGGAGGGCCUUUCAGAUUCACAGAUCUGAAAGGUGCUCAGAAGAUAGCAGACUGGCUCAGGAAGUAUGAGGAUGCCUAUGGAAAACAGUUCACCCCAUGCCAGCUGCUAAUUGACUAUGCCAACAAUCCUAACAAGAAAUUCUACCAGUGA